GAUGGACACUCCAGAGCAAGACAUAUUUGCAAUUGUUAAAGAUGGAAGAGUUUUGGAAACCAAGUUAUGGUUGGAUAACGCUGAAAAUGAUCUGCAUCAAGGAGAUGAGCAUAAAUUUUCACUUCUGCACUGGGCAGCUAUGCGAGGAAAUAAACAAAUUGUGGAUAUGCUGCUACAACGUGGUGCGAAUCCUGUAGCGGUGAAUGCAAGUGGAGAUCGACCAAUCCAUCUGGCAGCCAGUUUUGGGCAUUUAGAAGUAAUCCUUUUGUUGGCUGAUUAUUCAAAUGAGAUGAAUUGGACAAAUAUUCAUGGUAAUACACCGUUACAUUAUGCUGCUUUCUGGAAUUUUGAAGAUGUAGCGAUAACGUUGGUUGAUAAAGGUGCACACGUAAGACACGCAAACAGAUUUAAUCAAACUCCUAUAGACCUAGCCAGACCAAAUUUAAGAAGGCUUCUUAUUGAUCGCGCACAAACCUUAGGACAAGAUUUGUCACUUGUCUAUCAUUACGACGAAAUGAGAUCUUUUUCAACGACCGUACGAGGUAAAGAUUCAACCAAGUUUGUUAACAUUCGAGAUCUUAAGGUUGGGAGGAUGUUAUGCGAAACUCAUUCUGGUAGAGUACACUUUGGAAAGUGGAAUGAGGCUGAAGUCAUUGUGAAAUAUCUAAAUUGUGAUAAUAGUUUACGCUAUGCAAGGAUGUUUAAAGAAGAACUACCUAAAUUAAAGAUCUUCAAUCACGCCAACGUCCUACCUGUACUUGGCGGUACUACUGACGCACAAAAGUUCAUUAUACUCAGUCCUCAUAUGCCUUUUGGUUCGUUGUAUAAUGUUAUUCAUGGAGAAUCUGGACUCGUUAUUGAUAAUAAUCAAGCAAUUAAAUUCGAAUUAGAUAUUGCUAAAGGAAUGCACUAUUUGCAUAAUUUAGAUCCUCCAAUUAUAAACUUCAAUCUAACUAGCAAACACGUUAUGAUUGAUGAAAACUUAGCCAAGUUAAACCUCGAAUUUGCUACUUUGUCAGCAAAUGAUUCUAGGAACCUAUCACUUGGGCUGGAUGAAAAUCGAACUGCUAAAAUUAAUAUGGCUGACUGUAAAUUCUCUUUUCACGAACAAGAGAAAGAGUAUAAUCCUGCUUGGCUAUCUCCUGAAGCUUUAACAAAGAAAUCUGUAGAUAUUAAUAUUAGAGCUGCACAUAUGUGGAGUUUUGCUAUUGUUCUAUGGGAAUUAGCUACAAGACAAGUUCCUUUCGCCAAUAUUACUCCAAUGGAAGUUGGUGUUAAGAUUGCAUUAGAGAAUGCUAGAGUCACAAUACCGCCAGGAACCUCUACGUCCACUACAAAAAUGAUUAAAAUCUGUAUGAACGAAGACCCUGGAAAAAGACCCAGAUUCGAUAUGAUUACAGAAAUCUUGGAGAAAAUGAGAAAUGCAUCAUAA